UUGCAAUAAUUUCCAUCUGGAAGUCUAUUGCUGUUGGAUAAAUUAGAACCAAGUCAUUCACAUAUGCAUAUACUAGUGCUUUUAUAUCGAGGCUCUGAUUGAUAAAGAGGUAAAGUGAAUCAUUCAAUUAUGCAUAUACGGAUUGGAUGGACAGUUUAGAGGUAAUCUCAGGCUGAAAUUUUGAAUUUUAGGGGCUGAAAACAGGUCUGGAAGCAGGGUCACAAAAAUAAUAAUCUGAGCAUGAAGCUUCGGGAUGAGAGAGAGAGAGAGAGCUUUUAGACAUCACAACUAGGGUUUUAUACGUACCCAAAUAUAUUAUAUGUUUGUUAUAACAUCCUACUUUGUUUGUUCUAGCUGGUUUUCCUGUGGAGUUCCAAAAUCAAGACACAACGAUCAGACCCAGUCAAAUAAAUCAAGACUCUUGGCAUGCCGUAAUAUUUAGCACAAUUUUGAGGUUAAGGUUUAGGGUAUAGGGUAUGUUUGCAUGAUGUUCAUCAUUCAUUGCAUCAAAGUAGAGAGCAAUAGAAGUAUCUUGUUUUCUAAGUUCUCCAGGCCAUUUGCAUGCAACUCCAGGCCAUCAAAGUAGAGAGCAAUAAUCAUGAGCAUGAAACUGCCGAUCUAUGCCUGGUAACUAAACACGUAUGCAGGGGCGGACCUAGGAUUUUUUACUUAGGGGGGCUUCAAAUUUUUUUUCUAACCGUAAACUUCACCAACAAAAGAAAAAUAAAAAGGCAAAAAUGGGAAUGUAAGAGCUUUACAUGCAUAUUUAACAUAAUUUAAAAAGAAAAGGCAAAAAAUAAAAAUAAAAAAUGUACAAUGCAAAUACCUUAUAAAGUUGUAACAUGCAUUAUUCUUAGUAAAAUUAUUUUAAUACAUAUGAAAAUAUUAAUAAAUAAGACAUACUAAAAAAUAAUCCUACCAACCUUCUUUGACUAAAGCAACAUCCAUAUAUUUAUCGAGAUAGAUUUAGCAUAUUUUUAAUUAAUAUUCUAAAUAAGAAUACAAAAUAUAUUAAUAAGCGUAAGAAAAUAUAAUAUAAGAGGACAUUAAAAUUUUAACAUAAAUGUAAUCAUCAUCAAAACAUCCAUAACAUAAAACUAGAACAUAGUUCACACAACUUGCUUGCAAAAAUGCAUUUCAUUACAUACAGAUUUUCAUAUCUCAUAAUCACAAAACACAAACCUCCUUGAAGAAAUAUGACCAAACACUCCUUAACUUUAAAAAAAGACAUAAUUUUUCUUUUGUUUUUAUCAACAUAGCACAAAUGAUCAUUCAACAAGCUUAGCCUUCUCCUUAGAAAUACAAAUUUCAUUACUUUACAUGUUCAAUAGGCUAACAUGAGCAAUGAAGCUUAAUAAUAGUUUUAAAAAUAUUAUUUUAACAUGAAUAUAAUAACACACAACGUACUUGAAUGCAAGAUAACGAAUAACUAUAGCAUAUGCAUGCUUAAAGAUGAACAAAAUCCAUUUCACCUCUAGGCUUUCAAGCGCGGGGUGGCGAAAUAAUUAUUAUUUUUUUAAACCACAAAAUCUAUUUUUUAAAAAAAAAAUUGGGUGGGCUGCCACCUCCUGGGUCCGCCCCUACUGGCAUAUGCAUGCAAAAACUAGGAGUCGCCUAAAUUACGAAGGGAGAUGAAAUAACACUAAUCCUUAGUCCUCUAAGGCUACAUAGAUUCUAACUUACUAAUCAUUUCUAACCACGACCAUAUCAAGGGCAAAGGGAAUGGGCCAAAAGGGUGCAACUCCAAGCUCAUGUUAACAGCAUGGAUUAAAAAGAAAAAAAGGUAUUCUGCAAUUUGCAGGAUGCUUAAACAUAGAAGGAAGAAACAAGCAGCCCCCAGGAUUAAGCCUUUCACAUCCCAAUAACAGGAACUUGGUUUGUGGAAGUUAAAUUGGACUACUUGAAAUGCCAAACUUUUUCAACAAAUUUCCAAGCAUCUUUAACAACAUAUUGAAAGGGCAAUGAGUAGGCAAUCCAUAUUUCACAUAAGUUACUGAGAAAGCAGUACAAAUAUCUCGAAGCAAGAAACUCCUAGAUUUUGACUUACCGUGUGAUGUGAAGGUCCCAUGAAACAAACAAAUAGAAAGCCAGAGAAACUCAGUACAAUGCAGCGUCAUUGAUAUUAAAAUUUUCAGAAUCCUUAUUUGGAGAAGGGAAAGUCAGUCACCAUCUCCAAGGCAGCUGAAACACUAGCAUGUAGGGAGAACUCUUGGACAUAUAACAUCUACAAUAAUGCCAAGAAAUACUUGGAGUUCACUCCAGACAAAAUGAAUGGCAUAUAUAUAUCCUUUGAUAUGAUGAGAUAAAUAUAGGGCAAUAUGUCCUUAAAGGGGGAAAAAAAAAUAGAGCCCAAGUUGAGCCUGCAGAGAGGUUUAAUGUACAUUAAAUCAUCAAGUAAACCAAGCUUAAGUACUUGUACUUUGAUUUGGGUUUUGGACCCAAACUAACACAUGUUCAACCAUAGUUUAGGUAGUGAAGAGAUGACACUAGAUACCACAAAAAUUGGACUCAUUAGCUGCUGAAGUAACUGGCUGUUGAUAAGAUUGUGAACUUACUAAGAUCUGAAUCCAACAGCCAUUACCGAAGGCGGCUUCCAUUCUUCUAGUGAUUGUUGAAACGUUCUCCAUUAACAGAAACCUGCUGCAAGAUGUUAGUUCUUUGGUAAACAGUUGUUUACCUGUUAUCUCUCCUUUCUUUGCGAGACACUUUUCAAUAAUGGGAAAUUGCUCGUCUGUUGAUUCCAUCAUUGAAUUUCUUCUUCGAAAGGUCAAGAGUGGUCCAUAGAUAGCAUUGUAUAAUAAACUCUUAAAUAAAUAAAUUACACUCAAUAUUUGAGGUUUCUAGGAUUUUUAUCAUUUUUCAAAUGUCACAAAAAAUAGUGUGAUAACUUUAAAUUAAUAAUUUAAGAAUAUAAGUAUCGUCUCUCCAAACAUUAUUGUUCUAAAUAUUAUCGUUCUAAAAAUUAUUAACAUUUAGGCCAUUUUAUGAAUUUAUGCAAUCAAUAAAUGAAUUUGAUGUGAUUAUUAAAAAAAAAAAUAUUAGGUCUAAAAUUAAAAACACGUUAAAGUUGAAUGUUUUUUUGAUAAUUUAUAUAUGUAUGUAUUUAUUACUCGGAAUAUUUUGUGGUUUACUAAAACAAUAUAUAUUAAAUGAAUUCAAAAGGUAAUUAGUAAUUCAUGACCGUUAAAUCAGUGUCUUUUAAGUGUCCAAGAAUAGAAGAGCCUUCCAUAGAUCUCGCUGCUUCUUCUUCUUCUUCCAUGCAUUUCGCGCCUUCCAAUCUCACGUUGUGGUUCGGAAUUACUGGUUGUAAGAUGUCGUCCGCCAUGGAUGAAUGCUAUAAAGCCCUGCCCCGAGCACCAUCACCAAUCCAGACAAGUGAAUCACUGCGACCAGUGAUUCGCUUGCGAUCGAAUAAAGGUACGUACGUAUAUGUACGUAGCAGGGAUUUUCUAAUAAGAACAAAAAAAAAAUAAAAAAAGGAAAGAGGAGAUCAUUGAUCAACCCCAUCGAGCAGCCAGCGAUGGAAUUAAGCACGAAGGAUCGCCAUUCGAUUACCUUCUCGUUUUUGCUGCUGCUGUUGGCGGCUGGAGCAAUCCCGGCGCUGCACGCCGAUAUCGGGGAGAUGGACGAAUACUGGCAGGAUAAGGCCCAGAAAGCUCAAGAGGAUGCUCUUGAAACCUUCAGCUCGGACCCUGAACAAAUCUCAGACAAUCUCGCUGCAACUGUUGAAUCGGAUUUGAUGGGUGCUAAUGGCACAAGGAGGAGUCUGAAAAAGAAGUACACCGGGUUAGGGCCAUGCAUGGCCACGAAUCCCAUCGACCGGUGCUGGAGGUGCCAGCCGGACUGGGAGAAGGACCGGAAGAGACUGGCCGACUGUGUGCAGGGCUUCGGCCGGAAGACCACCGGCGGGAAGAACGGGAAGAUCUACGUGGUGACUGACCCAUCCGACGCUGAUUUGAUGAACCCAAAACCGGGAACUCUCCGGCACGCUGUGAUCCAGGACGAGCCUCUGUGGAUCAUCUUCGCGCGGCCGAUGUUCAUCCGGCUGAGCGAGGAGUUGUUGAUGACCAGCGACAAGACCAUCGACGCCAGAGGAGCCAACGUCCACAUAGCCAAUGGCGCCGGAAUCACGAUGCAGUACGUGAAGAACAUCAUCAUCCAUGGGCUCCACAUCCACGAUAUUCAUGCCGGGAACGGCGGCAUGAUCAGGGACUCCGUCAAGCACGCCGGCCUCCGCACGAAGAGCGACGGCGACGGGAUCUCCUUGUUCGGCGCGAGCAACAUCUGGAUCGACCACGUUUCCAUGUCCAAUUGCCAGGAUGGCCUCAUCGACGCCAUCAUGGGUUCCACCGGCAUCACCAUCUCCAAUAGCCAUUUCACCCACCACAACGAGGUGAUGUUGUUCGGAGCAAAUGACGCUCACAAGAUAGACGAAGUGAUGCAAAUCACGGUGGCGUUCAACCACUUCGGGCAAGGGCUGGUCCAGAGGAUGCCGAGGUGCCGAUACGGUUUCAUCCACGUGCUGAACAACGACUACACCCACUGGUUGAUGUACGCCAUCGGCGGCAGCAGUCAUCCGACCAUCAUCAGCCAGGGCAAUCGGUUCAUCGCGCCGCCGGACGUGAACGCGAAGGUGAUCACUCACAGAGAUUACGCGUCGGAGAGCGAGUGGAGCAAAUGGCAGUGGCGAUCGGAGGGCGAUCUGCUGAUGAACGGAGCGAAGUUCGUGGAAUCCGGGGGGCCAUUGAAGGACAAUCCAUACUCCAGGCAGGACUUCAUCAAGGCCAAGCCGGGCAGUUACGUGACCCGACUGACCCGAUUCUCUGGCCCGCUCAAGUGCAUUCCGGGAAAACCCUGUUAACUGUUAAACCCAGCAGUUUUGAUUUCUGUUCUUUUUUUUUUUUUUCUUUUUCGUUUUUUUUUAGCUCUUGCCUUUGUGUUUUAUUUAUUUAUUUUUUUAUUUGUGAGGAAGAAAAGA